GAGGUCAUAGAACUUCCCUCUUCUCCCCAGUCUUCCCACUGCCACAUAGUCUCCCCAGCCAGCCGGCUCUCACAGAUCUGCACACACUUACUUACAAAGGCUGGGAAGGGUCAGACACCAUCUGGGUACUCUCAGUUGACCAUGGCAUCAGAAGCAGAAAGAACAUUCCAGCGGUUUGCUGUCUUUGGAGGAUCGUCAAGCAGUGGCACUGAAAUGAACAACAAGAACUUCUCCAAGCUGUGCAAAGACUGUGGCAUCAUGGAUGACAAGAAGGUCACCUCCACUGACGUGGACAUCGUGUUCAGCAAAGUCAAGGCCAAGAAUGCCCGAACCAUCACUUUCCAACAGUUCCAGGAAGCAAUGAAAGAACUGGGCCAGAAGCAGUUCAAGGGGAAAAGCCCGGAUGAAGCCCUGGAGAACAUUUAUAAACUCAUGGAGGGCAAGGAGCCAGCUACCACCGGUGUUACUAAAGCAGUGACGGUGGGAGGGGUGAGCCACCUGACGGACACCAGCAAGUACACGGGCACCCACAAGGAGCGCUUUGACCAGAGCGGCAAGGGCAAAGGCAUCGCGGGACGGGAGGACGUGACUGACAACUCAGGCUACGUGAGUGGCUACAAGGGUGCUGGCACCUAUGAUAAGAAGGGCAGCAACUAGGGAGUAGCGUCAUCUUAGCCUGCCGGCCCUCGACCCUGCAUCUUUAACACCGGGAAGCUUGGGGGACAAUAAACAUCUGUGUGUGCAGCA